UGUCGAGGGUCGUCGGACGAGAAAGCGGGGAAUUUGCAGCGGCGACGACGAACGACGACGGAGAAUGGAUGGUGAAGAAGGAGGGAUACGGCUAAGCAAGAGGUUCUCCGACAAAUCUGGAUCCGGUGAAGUUGAUUACAAGGCCAAGGCUGGCACCGCUUGGAGCCAUUCGUAUCUCAACCAGAAGCCCUGGCAUCCUCUCUCGUACCCUAAUCAACGCCGCAAAUGGAUCGCCGAGCAGACUCACUCUCAGCGAGAAAAGCGCGCCGACGAAGUUGCUCGCGAGUAUGCUCAAGAGCAGGAGUUCUUUCGCCAGACUGCUCUUGUCUCCAAGAAAGAGAAGGAAAAGUUGGAGAUGAUGAAAGCGGUUAGUUUUAUGUACGUACGACCACCUGGUUACAAUGCUGAAAGUGCAAAAGCUGCAGAGAUUGCUGAUGAUAGGAAGAAUCAAGAGGGUGAUAGCUCCUCUCAGAAUCUGCCCAAGGAUGGCUCUGUGAAUGAAAGGCCACCAGAAUCGUCAGGCACAGUCGGUAGGGACCAUGGCGAUAAGAAGAAACCAAGGCCAAAAGAUGUUUUCGGGCGUGCUUUGCCCACCGAAGAAGAAUUUGAAGUCUUAAAAAAUGCCCCUCGGAUGGACACAGGUGUUUUUGCGAGAGUAAAACCAUUUGGGGUAGAAGUACGCAAUGUGAAAUGUGUUAGAUGUGGGAUCUUUGGCCAUCAAAGUGGUGAUCGUGAAUGUCCGUUGAAGGAUGCUAUAAUGCCAAAUGAAGAAAAUCGAUUGAAAAGAGAUGACCCUUUAUCUACAAUACUUGCCCAUGCAGAGAGCAGUGAGCCUCUGAAGUGGGAGUUGAAGCAGAAACCAGGAAUUAGUCCUCCCCGUGGAGGUUUUAAUCCCGAUGACCCGAACCAGCAAAUAGUUGCCGAGGACAUAUUUGAUGAGUACGGAGGCUUUCUCAGCAGUGGCGGUAUUGUCCCGGAAUUGCUGUCCAAUUUUUCAAGCAAACCCAAGAAAAAGAAGUCUUCAAAAGAAAGUUCACGGAAAAAGCUCCAAUCAUCAUCUAGUAGAAAAGCAAAGAAUCAAGAAGACGAUGAGAGAAUAUCAAAGAAGAAAAGUAAAUCUAAAAGAAAGAAACAAAUCAGUAGUGAAUCAAGUCCAGAAACCUCAGAGUCCGAUAGGCGAAAUAGAAGGAACAAGCACAAGACUUCCUAUUCUUCUGAUGAUUUCGACCCGGAAACGCAUCUUAGGACUAAAAGGCAUAGAAGGAAGCAUUUAAAUACUUCUGAUGUUUCCAACUUUGAGCGGCCUCAUAUUACUGAUCGAUAUUGCCCCGAACGAAGCCCUUCUGAUAUUUCAGACUCUAGUAGGCAGGAUGAACGGAGGAAAGGCAAGGGUUCUGAAUCAGAACACAGAUCAGGCAGAAAAAACCAAUCAUACUCUUCUGAAGAGUCCGAAUUCGAGACGCAUCGACGAAGUGAUAAAAGCAGAUCCAAACACUCUUCGUCGAAAGAUCAUCACCCAGAUAGUCAUCAUUCAAGUAGCAAGAUGAGACGUAGGAAGUCUUAUUCGUCUGAUGAUUCAGAAACGAACAGGCGUCGUAGAAGUAAAGGCCAAAAGCACAAUUACUCAUCAGAUGAUUCUAGAGAUAAGAAGAGAAGACGUUAGUGUAUCUUGUCAUCAAAAUUUGUCGUUAAAACGAUCGUUGGAGCAUAGUAUUUCGAAGUAAAACGACGACGCUGACGAUAGCUGGUAAUGCCUGAUAUCUAUCACUUAAGAUAAGAUGUUCUAUUUGAUCAUUACACUUGGGAGUAUGAUUAUGAAAAGAAAAAAAAAAUAUUCCAUUGGUGUUUUGAAUGCCUCCUAAUCGAAAAUUAUACACAAGUAAUUAUUUGAUUGAGAUAUGAUAAAUUUGAGUUACUUUAAA